AAUCUCUUUCGGGACACUGAAAGACAUCUAAUCCUUCAAGAUCCAGUUUUACAGGUUUUUACACCAGCACUUGCAACAUGCGUGACUAGAUGUUAGAACCAGUGUAAAGCUCUCAUAACAUGCAUCGUUUCUGCUUAUUAAGUUUUUACGGAUGUUUCACUUGAACCGAAGAGAGUACAGGGACAGUGACAAGAAAGGGAUCCAUAAACAAUGAAAAAUUAUGAAGAGACUGUGGCUUUCUUGGAUCAUUGGGGAUGUUUUCAAAAGACGGUAUUUUUCUUGCUCUGCGCUAGUAUUAUUCCUAAUGGAUUUGGUGCUUUUAAUCUUGUUUUUCUGACUGAUGUACCAGAUCACCACUGCUUUGUACCAGACACUAACCUCUCAGAGGAUUGGAGAAAAAACAUCAUACCAAUAACAGUACUGAAUGGGAAACAGGAACUAAGCAAAUGCAGCAGAUACAGACUGGAUGUGGUCCAAAAUCUCUCUGCUCAGGGAUUCAUUCCUGGCAAGGACAUCAACCUCACUGACUUGGAGCAGGAGGGCUGUGUGGAUGGCUGGAGCUACAGCAAAGAUGUUUAUCUGUCCAAUUUGGUGACUGAGUUUGACUUGGUGUGCAGUGACCAGUGGAAGCAGCCGUUUACCUCUACUGUUUUCUUUGUCGGAGUUCUUUCUGGAUCCUUCUUUGCUGGACAACUGUCAGACAGGUAUGGAAGGAAACCUAUUCUAUUUGCAACGCUGGCUGCACAAACAAUUUUCACCUUUGCUCAAGUCUUCUCUGGCUCAUGGAUUAUUUUUAUGGUUCUCCUAUUCUUAAAUGGACUGGGACAAAUGUCCAACUUUGUGGCAGCUUUAGUACUUGGUGCUGAGCUUUUGACAGGGAACAUACGUGUCCUUUAUUCAUCUAUGGGCACCUGCGUAAGCUUUGCUAUUGGAUACAUGCUUCUACCAGUUGCUGCUUACUUUUUGAGGGACUGGCAAUCUCUCCUCAUGGCUCUGUCUAUCCCUUGUCUGGUAUACAUCCCCCUCUGGUGGCUUCUGCCCGAAUCUCCUCGAUGGCUUCUCUCUCAAGGCAGAGUUAAAGAAGCAGAGGCUAUAAUAAGAAAAGCAGCUGAAUGGAACAAAGUUCAAGCCCCAAGGGUCAUUUUUGAAAAUGACUGUGUUGAAGAGAAAAAAGUUAAUCAGGAACCAAACAGCAUAUUGGAUCUUUUAAGGAACAGCCGGAUCAGGAUGACAACACUAAUCCUCUGCUUCGUGUUCUUCACCAUGAUUACCGGCUACUAUAGUUUGUCCUUUAGCACAGCUCAGCUUCAUGCUAACCCCUACAUCAGCUGUUUCAUCUCAGCUGUAGUGGAGAUCCCUGCAUAUAUAUCCAGUUGGCUUGCAUUGAGGUACCUCCCAAGACGACUCUCUGUAUCUGGUUCAUUGAUCCUUGGAUCUGUGCCACUGUUCAUUAUACAAAUGGUACCACAAGAUCUGUCAGGUUUGUCUCUCGCACUGGAGAUGGUGGGGAAGUAUGCUUUCACCACCGGGGCCUCCCUUAUGUUUGCCUACACCACUGAGCUUUACCCAACAUCCCUGAGGAACACAGCAGCAGGGACUACCUUCACUGCGUCAAGGACAGGGAGCUGUGUCACUCCUUAAGU